AUGAUUGUAAUUCUUCUGGUAUCUAUGUCAAUGGUGGUGUACAGUGGUGGCCAAGAAUUGGAGAUUUUCCUGCCAGAGCUUCUUGACACACCUGAAAGAAUCUUGAGCAAUGCCACAUUCUUCAAUGGAGUCUUUCAAAAUGUGGAAAGUGUUGCGUUAUUUUUUGACUGCCUGGGUUCUCACUUCACCUGGUUACAGUCCAUCUUCACUAACUUCCCUGCCCUGCUCAACUUUGUGAACAAAAUGAAGUGUGUUACUGGGUUUUGUCCCAGGGAUUUUGAAGACUAUGGUUGCUCUUGCCGGUUUGAGAUGGAAGGGCUCCCCGUGGAUGAAGCUGAUGACUGCUGUUUCCAGCACCGCAAAUGCUACGAAGAAGCAAUGGAGAUGGAGUGCACAUGGGAUCCAUCAAAGAUUUCUACGGACGUCAGCUGCUCUACCGAAAACCUGACCUGUGAGUCUGGGGAUUCCUGUGAACAGUUCCUCUGCAACUGCAACAAAGAUGCCAUCGAAUGCUUUGUGAAUGCACAUAUUAACUCAUCCUUGAAUGGGCUGGAUGUCUCCUUCUGUCCAUCUCUGGUUACAGAGUUCCUUCAUCAUGGGACUGACAAAACACAGGCUGCAACUACAUCCAUGGAAGAAGUGAUUUCUUUUGAGCCCAGUGAGAUGGUCCUGAGGACUUCCAGAUGUACGGUUACCACAAGGGACCACAGAGGUACAGCUCCUGCUCCCUCCGUCCCCUCGAUAAAAGAAGAGGAUGGAUUUAUGGAAGCUGUGGUCCCAGUGGAAGAGAGAACCACCUCCCCAGCCUCCUUCCCAGGAGAUACCAACUCAAUGCAAGUCAAAAUUGUCCCCACUGAGAAGAUUCCUGCAGGCACAUCUGCAAGGACAAAGGAAAAAGAGACAAGCCCUGCAAGGGGUGGCCACAGCACAGCUUCCUCUGGAAUAGCUCUGGAUCUGGUACUGUCUGAUAAGGGUCCCAAUGAACCUGCAGGAAAAGUAUGUGAGCGAUUAACCUUUCUGCAAGAGACAGGAAAUGGAAGAGUGAAGAGGGAGCUGCCCCAGCUAGGAGAAAUGCUGUUCUGUUUAACUGAGCGAUGCCCAGAGGAAUUUGAGUCUUACGGUUGCUACUGUGGCCAAGAAGGAAGAGGUUAUCCUACUGAUGCACUGGACAGGUGCUGCUUCUUUCAUCACUGUUGUAUGGAACAAGUUAAGAAACUUGGAUGUCGUGCAGAAAGAAGUUCAAGAUCUGAAAUUGUAUGUUUUGAUCAUAAGCCAAAAUGUAUUGGUUGGAGCACGUGUGAGAAACUACUAUGUGCUUGCGAUAAGACAGCAGCCGAGUGCAUGGCUUCUGCCUUCUUCAAUGAAAGCCUUAAGUUUCCACACAGGCAAGAGUGCCAAGAGGAGAAAGUCUCCUGUCAAAGUGACCCUUAUGAAAGGCCUUCAAUCGGCAAAGAAAUAGGCGCUGGCAUUUCCAGCUCCGAGGAGAGCAGUGAGGAGGAAGGUCCACUGUGGAGCAUAUUAAGAAGAGGAAAGAGAGACACACACCGUCCUGUUGCAAACUCCAGAACUGUGCAACAUGAAGGCAGAUAA